GUAAGCGCUAGUUCCGUGAUAAACAAGGACACGUUAGGUAACUGUUCAGGUUCUGAAAGUUUCAAUGUCACAAAGGGAGUCUCAGUGAUGUUUUUCAUGUCUUUAAAAGCUACAACCAGUUACGAAAUUGUAGCCUUUAACUGUAGAGUGACAUCGGUUGCUGCCAUUACAAAUUUCAGGUGACAUUGGCAAGUGUGUAGCGUUAACUGUAGUCUAUCACUCUGUCUGUAGGUCGUCUUCUUCGUCGUGCAGAUCUGUCAUUUAUGUUCAUUAGACUAGGUGCUUCUCGUCCCCUUUCCAACCAGUAACUAAAAUGGCUAAUGUAGCCCACGUCUCUAGAGUUCGCUCUUUGUACAAGAGGAUCCUCAUUUUGCACCGGUUCAUGCCGAUAGACCUCCGGGCGCUGGGAGACCAGUACGUGAAGGAUGAAUUCAGACGCGCCAAGUCCGCCUCUUCUGUAGAGGUGAAGAGCUUCAUUACGGAGUGGGAGGUAAGGGACACUUUGAUUCUCGAUCAGUCAGAGAUGCUCACAAGUCGUGUUUCAAGACUGGUCACAAGUCCAAGUCAAGUCUCAACUCACAAGUCUCACUGAUCAAAGUCCUACUUA